AUGACCACGCUAUAUCCACCUGUCAACAUGUCAGAUUACGAUAAGCCUCCAAAAAAAGCUUCGGCCAAGAAAAGGGCUCCGUCAAAAUCACCCAGAUCUUCUGAGCAGAACAACAAUAACAGAGCACGUGCCACUGGAGACACUAAAGAUGACAUGCUGGCGGCAUACCAACCAUGGGUCAUUCAAACCUAUGGUGAUCUGGCGAAGACCAAAACCAUCACAAUCAAAAAGUAUGCCAGAAUUUUACGAACCUUGAGAGGAGAUGAAAUUGUUAGUGCUGAUAACAGCAAAUUCAGAUUCUGGGUGAAAGCGAAAGGUUUCUGCGUAGGCCAGCCGGCUGGCUACGAGGCGAAACCUGCGGAUGGUAUUGUGGGGAGAUAUAGUGUGUGUGACACAGACGAAGGAAUACCUCCAAUCAACGAGAAGGUGACAGGCAGUGCUAAGGAUCCGCCACUCUAUGUGCCGAAUGCUCCAUUUAAGAUCAUGAGACAAGGGGCAGAUCCAUCUAAUCAAUAA